AUGGCAGCCGUGCGGCAAGACAGCAGAGACUUUGCCCUGCUAUCUGGCGAGCCAAGAAGAACCCCCAAGCGCUUGAUAUUUUCCUACGUGCUCGACUGGAUGUUCAUCAUUCUUCUCGUCAUCGUCGGUGCUAUCCUAUACAGCAUCACCGGCUCCGAACACGUCUUCUCCCUCGACGACCCCAGCAUUUCGUACCCCUUGAAAGACGACACCGUCUCGAUCGUUACCGUCGGAAUCGUCUGCUGCGCCGUCCCCGCGCUUCUCAUCGCCGCCCUCAGUCUCCUCCUCCCGAUCCCCUGGAGACUCCGCCUCUGGGAAUGGCACGCCGGGUGGCUGGGGCUGGGUCUCAGUCUCGCCGGCGCCUUCUUCAUCACCUCCGGCCUCAAGGACGUGGUGGGCAAGCCCCGGCCCGAUCUGCUCGCGCGGUGCCAACCGAACCUGUCGUCCCUCAACAUUACCGCGUACGCCGUCAGCGGGCUGGGCGUGCAGCGUCCGGAAGCCCCGGUGAUGGUCACCACGCGCAUCUGCCAAACGACCGACUCCAAGACCCUCCGCGACGGAUUCGCCGCGUUCCCGUCCGGUCACUCCUCGUUCUCGUGGUCAGGCCUGCUGUACCUGUCGCUCUGGCUGGGGGCGAAGUUCGCCCGUGCUGUUCCUGCUAGUGCUGCCCACCACGGGGACGCGUCCAGCCGGUCUGCUGCUGCUGCUGCUGCUGCUGCUGCUCCACCCGCGUAUCUACUCGUGCUGACCGCUAUACCCAUCGGCGGUGCACUCUACAUCUGCGGCACUCGCUAUAUGGACUACAUGCAUGCCGGGUGGGAUAUUCUGGGAGGGAGUUUGAUUGGGAUCGUCUUUGCGAUCCUGGGCUUCCGCUGGUAUCACGCCCCAACUGGGCAGGGGGUUGGGGGUUGGGGCUGGACGUUGAGUCCGCGGUCAGCGGACCAUGCGUUCGGGGUGGGCUUGGUUGCCCCACGGGAGUUUCGGGGUGAUGACCACAGGCAGGUGGAGAAUCGCGAGGGGUUUCUGGAUGUCGAGCUCAACACUAUCGAUGGAGGCUCGCGGAGUGUGUUGCGGGUUGCCAAUCCCUAG